UCUCUCUCUCUCUCUCUCUCUCUCUCUCUCUCAUUUCUCACGCUUUUCUUCUUCACCUCUUCAUUUCUCAACCGGUGUCCAAACGGAAAGGAUGGCGGCUGUGUCCGGUAACCGAGUCCUCAUGUACGGAGGCAGAGGAGCUCUGGGUUCAGCCUGCGUCCACCAUUUUAAAUCCAAAGGCUGGUGGGUGGCCAGUAUCGACAUCGGUGCUAACGAAGAAGCCGACGCAAACGUGCUCGCGAAGAUCUGCGACAAUUUCUGCGAGCAUGCCGAGCAGGUGACGUCGGACGUGGCUCAGCUGCUGGGAGACCAGAAAGUGGACGCGAUCGUGUGCGUGGCCGGAGGAUGGGCCGGGGGAAACUGUGCCUCUAAAGACAUGUUUAAGAACAGCGAUUUGAUGUGGAAACAGAGCGUCUGGACGUCCACCAUCUCCACGUAUCUGGCCUCUCAGCACCUCAAGCCUGGAGGUUUGCUCACUCUGACCGGCGCCAAGGCUGCACUCAGCGGAACUCCAGGAAUGGUGGGUUAUGGCAUGGCGAAGGCAGCCGUGCAUCAGCUGUGUGAAAGCGUGGCUAAACCGAACAGCGGGCUUCCUGCUGACGCUGUAGCUGUGGCCAUUCUCCCGGUUACCUUGGAUACACCGAUGAACCGGAAAUUCAUGCCCAAAGCAGACUUCAGCAGCUGGACUCCAAUGGAUUACGUCGCAGAAAUGUUCUUCAGCUGGGCCGUCGGGUUGGAGCGGCCAGCCUCGGGCAGUCUUAUCCAGCUGGUGACAUCUGGAGGAAAGACAGAGGCCAUGCCGGUUCAGUAAAAACCACGCAGAAGAGGAAUUGAAGAAAUGGAGGAUUGGAUAGUGCAAAUGUUUAGCAUUCAGCUGCUUGGGAAAAAGAAAAUACAGUAUAAGGGUGAAAAAUAACCUAGUGGGAACUGAGAAUCCAUUCAGCCUUAUAGGGUUUGAUCACAGCGCCACCUGCUGAUAUCUUACAUGAUUCACAAUUCUGCAAGUUUAAUUGUCUAAUAACAUUUAUAGUCCUUUUAUUUUGUAUUGUUUCAUGUUUAUUCUUAAAAAAAAGGAUUUUCAACAGUUGGAUUCUCCAACAGAGAAGGUUUUCUUUUUAAUUAAUGUAUUGUUUGAACACAUUUCAGUGAGCCGUUACUAUGGAAAUGCUCAUUUACAGGAAUUUGCUCGCAAGUUUAAUAACGAACGGAUAAAAACAAAAAUGUAUAAACAUAUUGGCCAAACAGAUUUAUUGAUAGAAGGUUUAGCAUUGGUGUUUUUUUUCCCCUUAUCUUCAAUUUAUAGCGUAGCUGUGAAUAAUUAAUAAACCUAUAUGCAGUAUGUUGCCACAAAUGGAUAAAGAGUAUUAUGGGUUGUCCAACGUGUUAAAAAUUUCAGUCGUCAGCGAAUUGCGGUGGUGUAAGCGGAAUAAAGCACUUCAGGACAUGCUGUUGUAAAACUCAAUGUUCUGUUUCGUAUAACAGCACUUUUUUUUUCUCUUUAAAAUGCUCCACAGUUCCUCCAGAUGUAGCGCUUCAAACAAGUGACCUUACCCUGCUUGUGUGUGUGUUUCUGUGUGGGAAAAUAUAUGGAAAAAUGUUUACAGCUAAAUACCAUCCAUCACAAUCUUUCCUGUGCUUGAUGGCGGUGUGUUAAUGUGAAACUGUGUAUGGGCUGAUGUUGAGCAGUAAAAUAUUUCCCAUAAUCCUCUA